AAUCACUGGCCCAGUGGUGGAACAUAUGGAGGCACGUUUGAAGGAAGAUAUAAUUUCUGAGAUUAAAAAAUCUGGUGGUAGGAUGCUUUUACAUCGUGAAGAAUAUGAUCCUGCAUCAAUACAGGCCAGUGUCAUAGGAUACUGGGAAAAUAUUUUUGCAGAUGAUGUUAAGACUCCAGCAGAGGUAUAUGGUGCUUUAAAGCAUGAUGGGCAUAACAUGGCUUACCGGAGAAUCCCAUUAACCAGAGAAAGAGAAGCUCUAGCUUCAGAUGUUGAUUCCAUCCAGUACCGUAAGGAUGAGGUUUGGAGGGGUUGCUUAUGCAAUGGCUAUCAUUUGUAUAAGACUUGAAGCGGAGGCAGCACUAAAAUCAUAUGUCUCACAAUCUGUUGGAAUACCAUGCUCAACUAAUUCAUUGGCUGAACAUUUUAACUCUGAUGAUGAAGCAAGAAAACUGGGUGAUUACAGAGACAUUUUAAGCUUGAUUAGAGUCCUUGUCAACGGGUCCUGAGAGCAAAGCAGAUGUCAACUCAGUUAUAGAUAGGUAUGAAACUCAUUUGUGCACACAUUACUUAUAUUCUCUUUAUUUAUCCAAGUUUAAGCACAAAUGCAAAAGGGUGCCUUUAUGCGUUGAUCUGCAACAGCGAUCUUUUAAUCAGACAGAAACUCACUAAAGAAUGUCGUACUCCCAUAUAAUAGUCACAACUAGAAAUAAAAUGAAGUAAAUAAUAUAACUAAACCUACUUACAGUA